UAAUUGGACAGCGAAGAAUAAAGUAGAGAGGCGACGAAUAGUUUUCUCAAACCGAAACCGCCAUGGCUACAGCUUCAAGGUUUCUCCGGAAACUACAGAGGUCUCUCAAGCUUCCUCCAACAACCCUUCUCCGUAGCAAUGGCACGAGGGUUUUAAGCUUUCCUCCUGUUCACAAAAGUAACGAGCCAUUUGGAUCUCGUAUCCGCCAUGAUUCUCCUGUUACUACCAGAAGCUUCUCUUCUCAAGGUCCUGCCCCUAUCGAUUAUAGUUCGGUGUUGCAGGAGGAUGAGUUUCACAAAUUAGCCAACUUCACUAUAAAUGACCUUCUUGAGAAGAUUGAGGAUUAUGGUGAUAAUGUCCAGAUUGAUGGUUUUGACAUAGACUACGGGAAUGAAGUUCUCACCCUUAAGCUUGGAUCUUUAGGCACAUAUGUAAUGAAUAAGCAGACCCCAAAUCGGCAGAUAUGGAUGUCUUCACCUGUCAGUGGUCCUUCUAGAUUUGACUGGGACCGUGAUGCUAAUGCGUGGAUUUAUCGACGAACAGAAGCAAAGUUGCAUAAACUGUUGGAAGAGGAGUUAGAGAGCCUAUGUGGCGAACCAAUUCAACUCUCAUAAGAAAAAGCCUUAACACAGUAUUUGUGAGUUUAUCUAGGAACUGCUCUGCCCUUUCAAGCUUAUGUCUAUGAAACAUCCAGAUGAAUAAACAAACUAGGCACAUGAAAAAGUUGUUUCAGUGUGAAACCUGAUUGAUGUUUUUUUUUAUUGUACUUUUGUUCAGUAAUGUUAUGUCUCAUAGUGGCACUGUUACACAAUGUGCACCAUUUCUUCGCUUUUAAAGCUCUCUUUGUUUAAUCAGAAUCUGAAGCUGUCUUUACGCGUUU